UAUUUUUUCACAAAUAAUUUUUUCAAACUUUAAAAAUGAAAAGUAACAAAGUGUUACGUUCAAAAAAACAAAAAAAAGUUGCAACUAAAAAGAAUAUUAAUAAAACGUUAAAAUCUAAACCUUCUAAAAGUUCUUCUAUAAAAUCCUCAUUACGAGAAUCAGAGAAGAGUAAAUGUCGUUUAAAAGCUGCUUGGGCUGAUAUUAUUAAACGAUAUCAAAAUAUUUCUCCAGAACAAACUGACGUGAUUGAUUUAGUUACUGAGGAGAUUGUAGUUGAUAGAGGUAUCUUACAAAAAGAUAAUAUACGAUAUGUUGGAACUUUAGAUUUACACGCUUCAAAACCUCAGGAAGACGCGAUUGAUGAUGAUUCAAUUUGGCAACCGGAUCUCUUGGAAGGAUCAAAUGAAUGUUUUGACUGGGAAACAGAAUCUAGCGAUUAUAACGAAUUUAAUGAGAAUUUAGGAGAUAUUGAUGAAUUCUUGGAAGGAUCAAAUGAAAGUUUUGACUGGGAAAUAGAACCUAGCGAUUAUAACGAAUUUUAUGAGAAUUUAAGAGACAAUGAAUCUUUUGAUGAAAUGUCAAAUACAGAGGAAGAAUCAGAAGUUUGUAGAAAAAAUGAUUCAUCUUUUGAAAACGAAUCGCUAAAAAUUACUAAUGGACGAUCAAAUUCAGUUACUUUGACUGAAAUCCCAUCAUCACAAAGUACAGAAAGUAUAACUCAAUCAAAUUCUUCAAGACGACUCAAAGUAUAUAGUUUCAAUACAUUUGAUUCAGGACAUGAAUCAGAAAGUGAAGAUACAGAUUCUGAGUGUUCUGAUUCUGAUUCAAACAAUGUAAUGAUAUACGCACAAGAGAAAAAUUUGGAUUAUACACAAGAAGCUCAACAGGAGACUUUAAAUCAUUGUCAAAUGACUCAACAAGAAACUUUAAACUAUUCAAGAGUGAUUCAACAAGGGACUGUAGACUAUUCUCGAAUGACUCAACAAGAGUCUGUAAACUAUUAUCAAGUGACUCAACAAGAGACUUUGAACUAUUGCAAAAUGCAGUCUAUAGAUCAUUCUCAACGAGAGAUUUUAGAAUUCAUACAAACGAUACCUCCAGCUUCGCUCACUCAGGAACAACAGCGUCUUUGGUUAGAACCAACAUCUGAAGACUAUACGCAAUUAUUGACUUGGACUGACAAACAUGUGGGACACGGAUUAUUGAAUUAGUCAAUAAAAUGAUCUAUUAUGGAUCUUUUUUUUUCUU